AUGGGUCAAAUUUUGUCUAAUCCUGUAAUUGAUAAGGAACAACAUUCUGGUAGUGAUGUUUUGACUGCUUUUGGGUUAUGUGCUAUGCAAGGAUGGCGUAUGUCUAUGGAAGAUUCUCACAUUGUUGAUUUGAACAUUUCUGAUGAUGAGAAGGAGCAUUUGGCGUACUACUGUGUGUUUGACGGACAUGGUGGUUCAAGCGUUGCUCAGUUCUGUGGAUCACAGUUCUCCAAGAUUUUACAAAAACAGGAUGCUUUCAAGAAGAAGUCUUACAACGAGGCUCUUAUUCAAUCUUUUAUUGCGACAGAUGAAGAGCUUUUGAAGGAUCCCGUGUUAGCGAACGACCAUAGUGGAUGCACUGCAACGACUUUAUUAAUCUCUAAAUUACAAAAUGUAAUGAUUUGUGCUAACUCUGGGGAUUCAAGAACUGUUCUUUCAAGAAACCAUAUUGCUAAGGCGUUAUCGUACGAUCAUAAACCUACGUUGAAGUCUGAAUAUUCCAGAAUCGUCACUGCUGAUGGGUUCGUGGAAAUGGACCGUGUUAAUGGUAAUUUGGCCUUGUCUCGUGCCAUCGGUGAUUUUGAAUUCAAAUCCAACCCAGAUUUGGCUCCCCAUGAACAGAUUGUUACCUGUGUACCAGAUUUGAUUGAACACACCAUAGAUUACAACAGUGAUGAAUUUGUUAUACUGGCAUGUGACGGUAUCUGGGAUUGUCUAACAUCCCAGGACUGUGUUGAUUUGGUGCAUUACGGGUUAAAACAAGGAUUAACUCUAGAAGAAAUAAGUUCCAAGAUUAUCGACGUUUGUUGUUCUCCAACCACUGAAGGAACGGGUAUCGGUUGUGAUAACAUGAGUAUUAUCAUUGUAGCGUUGUUGAAAGAAGACGAAGACGAAACUGCUUGGCAUAAACGUAUCGUAGCAAAGAAUUACACUCCACCAAACUCCUUCGAGAACCAAAGAAGAGCUGUGUUCCAUUUCUAUGAUUUCCCAGAAAAUGACGAUCAUGUCUUUGAAGUAACAAACAAGAGAGAAUCUGAUGAAACUGAUUACAAUGAUGAUAGAAAAGUUGGUGCUGACAGAGGCGCAUCUAGCCUCGCUAACCUAGAGGCCAUACUUGGUUCCGGUGGAAUUCAGAUAACGCCUGGCGAGAACAACUUAUCUUACAUCCAUGGUACUGCAUUAUCGGAAGUUUUGGCGUCGUUAAGUGGUGGAAUAAGGUCACAAAUUGAAGAAGAAGAUGAAGACGAUGAAGAAGAUGAAGCAGACGAACCAACUCAUGCUGAUGAAGUUGAAGAAUCUGAAGUGAAAAAAGAUUGA